AUGGUCGACAAGAAUAUCUCUUCAGAAAUGUGGUACCACGGACUUCUUCCUCGUGAGGAUAUAAAAGUGAGUCUGAACUCCAAAGUGAACCGAUUACCAAGAACUUGAAGGCGAUGUUGCGAAAGCCCGGCGACUUCCUCGUCCGGUCGACGGAGCCUGUCAAGGGCAGUCCACGGCAGUAUGUCGUUUCAGUCUGUGUUAAAGAAGAAAGCGAAGAGGUAAUUGUGAGAAAAAAAAAGCAAUACUUGUUAAAAGCUAAAGUUCUCGGAAAAGCGACCAAAAAUGGUUUCGAGGGUUCUAUACGUGGUACGAAAUGAAUGAAAAAACUAUAUUUUCAAAAGAAAAAGCGCGCUCUAAUACAAACUGGAACUUUUUCGACUUGCAGGUGAAACAUUACGUGUUGCGCGAGCACGAAGACAAAGUUUUCAUCGAGAAGGAAGGUUUCGAAUCGAUAACCAAGCUCAUCGAGCAUCAUUACGUCAACAAAGAGCCCAUAUCUAAGGUGUGCCUCUCUAUUGAAUUUCAAAGCAGCUCUUUUUUUUGAAAAUCGCUCCCAGUUUUUUGUUCAAGAGAAGGUCAUCUCACUAGGCCGAAAAAACUUAAGAUUUUUCUCCAUCUAUCCAUUUACAAAAACCCUCUAACCUUAUCCUAUAUUCCAUAAAUUACUCAAAUGAACAGCAUCCGCUGAACUUGAGGUCACAAUGUUGCUGACUCCAAUCCCCAGACAAAGCUGGGAGUUAGCCCAUGAAGAAGUAACGCUGACGAAGAAGCUUGGGGAAGGGGCCUUUGGAGAGGUGAGACUGCUUUCAACCAACUCUUCACGAUUUCUUCUGUGUUGCAGGUUUGGAAAGGUAAACUUCUACACAAAAAAAGUGCAAAGCUGGUGGACGUAGCAGUGAAAGCGGUCGGUUCCCAACUCAAAUCAGUUUUCGAUACAGGUCGUCUAGGCUAAACUGGAAACUAUGAACAAAGAGCAAAUCAAAGAACUCAUGCACGAAGCUCGUCUUAUGAGACAUUUGGAAGUCAGUUGACUCUUUUUUUUUUGGUUUGUUUCAACGAUCAUUUCCAGCAUCCAAACGUUGUCAAGUUUUACGGAGUCGCUGCUGGCAACGAACCGUUGUACGUGAUUAUGGAGCUGGUGAGUCUCUUGAUCGGAAGCUAAGCUGAAGCAAAAGCUACUAAAAUCAAGGGUUCACGAAACUUAUGAGAAAGUUUAGAGGAAGAAUUCAAAGUCUCGGCUUUGAAGGAAAUUAUUGUGUAAAAAUGCAUGAAAAUGGGUCUCGUUUCGAAUCGAAGAAGCUUGAAACCCUUCCAGGCGGACUGUGGCGCUCUUGAUUCGUACCUGCGCAAGAACAAACUGUCGAUAGAGAAGAAGACGGAGAUGAUCUACCAAGCGGCUUGUGGAAUCGCCUAUAUUCACAAAAAGAACAUUCUUCAUCGGGACAUCGCCGCCAGAAAUUGUUUGUACGGCGACGGACAGGUGAGUCCGAAACAAUAAUUGUUUGUAAUAAAUCAAUUAUUCACUUCAGGUGAAAAUCGCAGACUUUGGACUGUCUCGAGAAGGCGUCGAUUACAAGAUGGACAUGACCAAGAAGGUUCCGAUACGUUGGCUAGCCCCUGAAACUCUCAAACACGGGAUCUACACGCAAAAGUCAGACGUCUUCGCUUAUGGUGCUGUUUUCGAACUUUUCGAUGCUCGAUCGAUUGAAAUCGUGAAAAUUGGAAAAAAAUCUAAUUAUUUUUCUAUCCUUAUAAUUAUAUCCAUAUCUAGGAGUCAUGUCUUGGGAAAUCUUCGAAAACGGAAAAGAGCCUUACCCUGGAAUGAUGGUCGCAGAAGUCGUGGCACAGUUGAACAAAGGCUACCGUAUGCCAUUUGCGGCAGAAGUGAACUCCGAUUUGGCUUCAUUUAUCACGGUUUGUUCCAAAUUUGAACUCAACUGGGGAAAAAAUUCCUCGUUGCACCUUCGAUUGCAGAAAAAAUGCUGGGCAGAGGAGCCCAGCAAUCGUUGUCCGAUGAAGGAUGUGACAGCCUACAUGAAAAACAGUUUAAAGUUCAAGGUUCCUCUUCAAACUGUUGUUUCAUAUACUGCCGCAAACUUAUCGCGUAUAGGCGACCCGAAAACCUCUUCCACAGUUUUCCAUGAGAAAUCGGAAUUCUGUUAAAAAAAAACGAAGCAACAUAUUUUUGUCUACUUUCUCAGUUUUCCAAUGUUUAAAAAGAUGCAACUCAAUUUAUUAAAGAUAAUAAACUUUCCGGAAAAAAACUUUGUGCGGAUUUUCAUCGAAUUCUAAAAUGUCUGCUAAUGCUGAAUUGUCUUUUUUUCUCCAUGAAGACGCAGGUGAAAUCAGUGAGAACUUUUUUUGAACUUUACAAAAAAGAUCAGUGUAAGUUCUCAAAAUAUACUUUUUUUUUUGCUAUUUCUCUGGAUGCACAAAAAUGGUGAGAUUUUCAGGAUGGAGAUGAAAAAAGUACGAGUAAACUGCUGAGUGCUCGGGAGGUAGGCACUUCGCAACUGCGAUGACAAUAGAAUGAUCUAUCACAGCAAAACUCGAGGGGCAGAUCGGCGGAAAAGGUGCAUCACGGAGGGGGCAGCAGCAAUCGACCGAAACUAGCCACGGUGAGACAACCGCCGGAGAUUAUCAAGCGGAGGAUCGCUUUCAGAUGUUCCACAAAGCUUUUUUCAAAAAGCAGAACAACAAAGACAACACUAUUACAACAACGACGAAGAGAAGAUCCAAGAAGGCGAAGGCGCAGACGCCGACUGAGCCUGACUCUCCAGCUGGAAAUUAG